AUGUUCUUCUUGGAGUGCGAGACCCAGAAGCGGACUCAGGGUGCAGCCUCGCCAGUGCCCAGCAGAUGGGGACAAUCCCUGCGCUGCUCCUGCUGGCCACACUAUUGCUCAUCCAAGCCACAAUGCUGCUCUCCUCUCGGAAGCCUGGGCACACGCUGCCCCGUCUUCAGCCGGCUGUCGAACAGCCCGCCCACGUCCCAGUCCGGGCAGCGGCAGCGCGGACCGCACGGGCGCCGGCACCACCGCACGGCUGCCGGGCGCCGGCACCGCCUCACCCCCGACCUGCCCCUCGCUCCCUCCCUUCAGCGCUUAGGUGCGCAGCCUCCGCCAAUCAACGCCGCCGCGCCGCGCAUGCGCAUGCGCAGCACCGCGAUGCCGGAGGGGGGCGGCGCGGCCGGGGCAACGCCGGGACGCGCUCGCCGGGGGAUGCAUGGGCGGCAGAGGGACGGCGGCGGCAUGCAGCGGGGAACGGGAGCGGAGCAAGCGGGAUUGGGCGGUCUGACCCUGGCCUUCAGCGACGUCGACCCUAGCCCCGAGGAGCGUAUCGCUAGCCGCCGCCGCCUCACCGUUGCCCGCAUCGAUGCCAAGCGCCGGGCGACCCUUGGAGAAGCUGCAGGUCUGAAGGUGGCUGUGGAGGAGGAAGAGCAGAGAAAGAGCCACAAGCUGAUUGAGGAGACAAAUCAGAAGCUGACCAAGCUGCUCUUUGAUGGCACACAGUUGGUGACAAACAUCCAGGUGGCUGCUGACUUGAGGGAAACACAGAGGAGGGCAGAAGGGGCAGAGCUGAAGCUGCAGAGGGUGAAGAAGCUGGAGGAUGAAGCCAAGUCUAGUACACACAAGCUUGAGGAGAUCACCUCUAAGUGGGCCUUGGCCAAGGAGAUGAAGAUCCCACAGGAGCUGUGGCAGCUGCUGAACCAACAGCAGCAACAGUGCACGCUCCUUCUGGAGGAGAAGAACAAACUCAUCGAUCACCUGAAGCAGGAGCUGAAAGACAAAGAUGAGCAAUAUGUGGAGGCCAUCAAGAAGCAGUCAGAAGAUAUCCACCUGCUUUUGGAGAGAAUGGAGGAGCAGACCAGAACCAUGCUGAAAACUUACCGCCACAAACUGCUGCAGAUUGAGAAAGCUUUUGAGCUGGAGCGUCGGGAGCUGCUGGACAACAACAAGAAGAAGUGGGACAAUGCCAUCCAGGCCCACAACACACAGCAGCUGGAGUACCUGCAUGCCCGUAUGAGGAAGGUGAUGGAGUAUGACAGACAGCUGAACCAGCUGCGGGCACAGGAUGAGGAGGAGUAUACCAGCAUGAAGAUCCAGCUGCAGACAGAUGUGCAGAACCUGGAGAAGCAGCUCCAGCAGGCGAAAGCCAUCUACCGGCUGAACCAGGAGAAGCUGGAUUACAACCUCCUGGUGCUCAAGAAGCAGGAUGAGGAGAACAUGAUCCUCAGGUCCCAGCAAAAGAGGAAGAUCAACCGGCUCCACAGCUUGCUCAGUAACCUGAGAACAAAACUGGCCAACCAAGAGAAGCAGUUUGAGGAAGAGAAGCAGAGCCUGGCAGCCUACUGCAAGUCCAUCAAGGGACACUGCAAGGAGGUGCAGAGGAGGAUGAGGCACUUUGCUGCCAUCGAUGCUGAGAAGUUCCUGGAGGUCUGGCUCAUGAACGAGAAGGAAGCCAAAGGGCUGAUGCAGAAAGCCUUGGAUGCAGAUCGCAUCAUCCACAGCCAGCUGCUGGGGCUGCCCUGGGAAGAACCUCAUCAUUGGUUCCUCAACAGUGUUGGCCCUCUGGAGUGUUCCAAGAAGAGGAUGGCAACCAAGCUGGCUGAGGAAGUCCUGACAGAGAUCACAUCUAGGGAGCAGCAGGAGGAAGGGAGCGAGAAGGAGGAAGUGGACAGUGGAGAAGGAGGAAAAGAAAGCACAGAGAAGGCUGAGGAUGGAGUCACAGCUUUAAGAAACAUCUCCAAGAAGACUGCCAAGAGGAUCCUGGAGCUCAUAAGCGAUGAGUCGGGUUUUCUUGUUGCAAGCACGUGGCUGAAGCCCCUGCAGACACUGAAGAGGCACCAGCGCACCCUCAUGAGGCUGGACUCCAUCUUUUCAGCCCUCAAGAUUGACAGUGAGGAUGACCUGUAUCAGCUGCUGGAUUUUUUCCUGAAGUACAAAGCCCAAGGGAUGACUGCCAGCCAGGGCCAAGACAGCCCAGCUGGGGAAGAUGUCAUGGAUCCAGCUGAGGACAGAGAAGAAGAUGAAUCUGGCUGGCAGAAGGACAAGCCCAAGUCCCCUUGCAGCUCGCUGUGCACCCUUCCAUCCAUGUAUUUCCAUGCUGAUGAUGUCCUAAAGAUCCUGAAAGCAUUUAUGAAGGAUCGCAGCAAGCCAAGGGAGAAGGAUGACCCAGCCAAGAAGGUGCUGCAGGUAUGGGACAGCUCCAAGGAUGGAGAAUACUGGGAAGCCCUGGCACAUGUUAUACCUGAGGCAAGACUGAAGCUGUGGGAUGCACUGACAGUGGCACUGGGAGAAUAUUACAAGGUGCUCUCAGGCCGGGUCAGCCUUCUCUCUGAAGCAGCUGUCCUGCAGCAGGAGAACUCAGAGCUGUACACCCUGCUCGAGGAGUUCAUCAGCUCCAAGGUGAGUGUGACAUCCUCCUCCUCUCCAGCCUAGGGACACCCUA